GCAUGUCAGCAUUACAGACCACUGCGUGUACGGGGAACCAACGUGGCUUCACAGGGUGCGGUGCUGAAGUGUUCUGGUUCUGGUGGUUACCAGGCAAACACCUCCUAAGUGGUUAUAUCUCGUGUUGAUGACCAUUCAUAAUUAUCCAGACAGCGGUGGAUUUUGGGAGGCACGUUUCAUACUUAAAGAAAAGUGGUCAGUUGUUCUUCAAAGUCAAGUGCUUCAAGAUACGAGACACGUUAAUUCAAAAUGGCCGAUCGGUUCACCGUAGUCGUCAUGUUGCUCAUGUCCACCUCUGUCCUGGCCCUGAAGAAGGGGGAACUUCUGGACAUGUCUUUCGGCUUUGAUGGCAACUCCCUCAGCUAUCCCGGGUUGGGUUUCUUCGAAUUGACGUCACAGUAUCGGGGGCCCUUGAACGCUAUACCGUGGGUGGAGUACAACAAUAUCCUUUCACCGGAACACGUUGGCACCCACAUGGACGCCCCCAUCCAUGUUUCCGAAGGCAAGCUGCACAUCGACGAAAUACCACUCAGUCGCUUCACAUGUCCGGCCGUCCGAAUUGACAUAACUGAGAAGACAAAACUGGACAGAGAUUACGGAAUGACAGUCCAGGAUCUGCAAGACUGGGAGGAGGUCCAUGGCAAGAUUCCAGACGACUCUUUGCUCUUCGUCUACACCGGUUGGGGUGCUUUCUACCCGGAUCGUCUAGCCUACCAAGGAACGACGCGUAAUGACACUUUUCUGGAUGAGCAAGGGGAGUCAUUGGUUCACUCGCCGGGAGUUGCACCAGAAGCAGCCACGUGGCUGUUGGAAAAUCGCAAGAUUUCGGGCCUUGGAUUAGACGCACCAUCCCUCGACAUUGGUCAGGACACUGAAUUUAAGACCCAUCAGAUUUUAUUGGGAGCAAACGUUUACGGCGUUGAGAACGUGGCAAAUCUCGAUAAACUGCCAAAUACCGGAGCUUGGGUGUACGCAUUCCCCAUGAAAAUUGUAGGUGGAAGUGGUGGAUCAGUGCGUCUCGUCGCCCAGUUGAAGGCGGAUACCUCCGGCGCAGUGAUGCUCUCCGCUUCGUUUGCUACACUUCUGGGCUUGAUCUCAGUUUUGUUUUAGCCAACAGAUACCUGGCUAUAGUAAUCUUUGCAGAUUAGCUCUUAAUUAACUAACAUGGUCUUAAAAAAGUAUCUGCUUCAAAAAUCUUGCAAAGAUAAAAAUGAAAAGUUGUAACCGUAGAAUGGCAAAAUAUUAUGAUGCUUAUAUUAGUUUGAUAUUCUCUUAGUUCUAAAAUUAAUGAUCAAUAUUCCAAAGUUAUAUUCAUGUCAAAAUUCACUCUGUCCGAUGGCAAUUCCUCUAAAACGUUUGCGUCAGAUUUGACAGGAAUCCUGACAUUUUUUUUUGGGGGGGGGGGGGAGAACGACACUUCUCCGGAUCAACAUGACAAUUUUCCUGGUCAAAAUUCUAAAAAAAAAAAAUCAAACUGUAGGCUUAAUUGUAGAUAGAAGAGUAAAUAUAUGAGUUAUUAAUACCGAUUAUACUCGACUCCAAUAAUAUUCUGACGUUUUUGGGUAGAGUAGCAUGACAUGUACGUGUCGGCAUGACGUAACACAGGGCAUAUUGGUCAAUGAAAGGGAGACCAAACAGGUUACAUGUAGAUUGUGCGGAUGGCUCACGCCACAGUAAAUCAAGUUUACCAAGCAAAAGGUUUUGAGCAUAUAUUACAAAGUCGAUGUCGUUAAGUCGUGAACAUAACUUGGGUUGACCUAAUACAUCAACGGAGAGCUGAUUUUUUUCCAUGUUAAUCAAUCAAAGAAGAUCGUGUUAAUGGCCGCUGCUUAGUGGCGUA